AUGAUGCAGGUGAUGGUGGAGACGAGUGAGGGCAGCUUGGAGAUCAAACACUCCCACCGCCCCAGCUUCCGGUGGAGGGGGGCGCACCCCCAGGGCCCCAUGGGCUGCGGCCCUACUCCCCAGAUCCCAGUCUCUGGGGGUCGCAACCAUGGAGCGGCCAAAGCGGGGCGGGAGGAGGUCGUGCCACCCGGGGAGGGUGUGGAAGCAGCCUCUGCCUCUGCGGCAGCAGAGCGCAGACUGAAAAAAGGCUUUCAGCGUGAAACUGGUGGGGAGAAGGCCCUAGAAACCUGUGGCACAGAGCGGUCAGAGUCUGAGCUGAUGAUGACUGGGGCGAAGGCCGCGGAAGCGAAGACUGAAAGGGGCACCAUCUUCUCAGAAGCAGUGGACGAGGAGGAGGUUGAAAUGGAGGAGAAGCCAGUGGCUGAGGAAAUGGAAGUGGUGGAGGAGCACAGAGGGGUAAACGAGGUGAAGGACGAGGCAAGGCUCCGGCAGAGUGAGGGUCUCCACCUGAGUCCCCUGGAGGCCAUCCAGCUGGAACUGCACACUCAGGCUGACCGGGCCUCCCUCCAGUUCGGGCGCAAUUUUGGGCGCAUGCGUCAACACUACCUAUAGUGGAGGCACAUGCCGGGCUUCUGAGUCACUACCUUUUGGAACCACCCACAGCUAUCUGCCCUGAUUAGAGGCAGAGAUGCAGAGAUGUUCAGGUAUGUAGCAAAUUAGGAGGUGAAGGAACUCAGACAUCCUAGGAUGGGGUGCAAGUUCAAGUUCUUCUUUCGAAGAAACCCAUAAUUCUUCUUUAAAAACAAUUGGAUUGUGAAGGAAUACGAGGUCAGGUCCUCGGGGCACGUGGUGUUUCUUUCCACUCCGAUCAUAUGGCACCCGGGCCCUGAACCCCAGGCUUUCCUUCCUAGGAACCAAGACCUCAUGUGCAGCUUCUUUGCCUGGUUUUCAGACCACAGCCUUCCAGAGCCUGACAGGAUUGCUGAGAUUAUCAAAGAGGACCUCUGGCCAAAUCCACUGCAAUACUACCUAUGGGAUGAAGGAGCCCAUAGGGCUAGACUUCUCCAGACAAGGGAGCCAGUGGAGAUAUCCAGGCCCUUUGGGUUCCAAUCUGGUUAA